GAAACAGCAAAACACUUUGCAAGGAGGCAAUUUUUAAAAGGAACCAAGCAGGUUCCUAAAUUAAUGCUACGUGUCCUCGUGAGACGUUUAGGUGGCGAGGUUGUUGGGGUCCGGUGUCAAAACUUUCAAGAUUAAUGGAUUACUUUGUUAAUGACUUGAGGCGUCAAAUGUGGGUGCCUGGAUGAUUUGUGAGGUAUAGGGCGUUUUUCUGACAGUCAGAAACAAUACCCAGAGUGAGCAGGACGCAGAGAGGAAGACAAGCUGUCUGUGACACCCGCGAUUAAAAUAUAUUUUUAUGGUGUAGUGCAGUAAUGAACAAACCUACUAAAACGUGUAAAUAAAAACAGUGCUACCCCAGAACGAGGCGUUCCUUACAGACUUUUUUGGAUCAAUCACGCAGACAGUGGCUUCUUUUGAUUAAACCCCAAAUUGUCAUUGGGCAGAAGUAAUCAUGUGACAACCAAUUCGGUCCAAUUUCAACCUUGUCUCCAUGAAUUCAAUAGUUUAAUAGUAGCGCGGUCCCCAUACGGCUGUAAUCAGUGAAUUAGAAAAAACACUAGCAGCGAUUUUUAUGAUUUUUGUCUGGGCCACAAAAUACAAAUAAGAGCUAACUUUCUAAAGCUCUGAGGGAAGGGAAAUGAAUUACGAAUUCGAGCGAGAGACUGGUUUUAUCAAUAGUCAGCCGUCGCUUGCUGAGUGUCUGACAUCUUUUCCCCCUGUCGGUGAUACAUUUCAAAGUUCAUCAAUCAAGAACUCGACGCUUUCACACUCGACACUGAUUCCUCCUCCUUUUGAGCACACCAUUCCUAGCCUAAACCCAGGCAGCCAUCCUCGCCACAGCCGGCCCAAACAGAGUCCGAAUGGCAGCAGCCCCUUGCCGGCCGCCUCUCUGCCCCCGGAAUAUCCCUGGAUGAAAGACAAAAAAGCCUCCAAGAAGAAUCACCUGCCGGCGUCUUCGUCCACAGCCGCUGCAACCGGACCGGCCUGCUUUCCCCCGAAAGACUCGCCCGAGGUUCCUGACAACGCUGGCGGGGGAUCUCGCAGGCUGAGAACCGCGUACACCAACACCCAACUCCUGGAGCUGGAGAAGGAAUUUCAUUUCAACAAGUAUCUGUGCCGACCGAGAAGGGUGGAGAUAGCGGCUUUGCUAGAUCUGACUGAGAGGCAAGUCAAAGUGUGGUUUCAGAACAGGCGAAUGAAGCACAAAAGGCAAACCCAGUGCAAAGAGAAUCACAACGGCGAGGGGAAGCUCAGGAACCCGGAGGACGGCGGGCAGAGCGAGGAGGAGAAGUCGCUUUUCGAGCAAGCCCUCAACAAUGUCUCAGGAGCCCUCUUGGAAAGGGAGGGCUACGCUUUUCAACAAAAUUCUCUGACUCCACAACAGGCUCCGAACGCGCACAAUGGAGAUUCCCAAAGUUUUACUGUGUCGCCUUUAAGCAGCAAUGACAAAAAUCUGAAACAUUUUCAGAGCCCGUCACCCACUGUUCAGAACUGCCUGUCAACAAUGGCCCAUGACUGCACAGCUGGCCUCCACAAUGACAGCCCCGAGGCCCUGGACGUGUCCUCUUUACAGGAUUUUAACGUUUUCUCUUCAGAUUCCUGCCUGCACCUUUCAGAUGCCGUUUCCCCUAGUUUGCCAGAGUCUCUCGACAGCCCUGUAGACAUUUCUGCCGACAGUUUUGAUUUUUUCUCGGACACUCUCACAACAAUCGACUUGCAGCAUCUCAGCUAUUAAAUGGGGGGGGGAAAAUCCGGUCUAGCGACUCUUCAUUGCAAAAAGAAAAAAAAACUAUGCCUUCUCCUUUAUUCUAAGUUGAUUUGUUUAUUUCUUUCUUUGAUAUGGUCAGUACAUUUUGUUUAUUAAUGAAUGAAUUAGUUAAUUCAGUACAGAAGAUAAAAGUCCACGCUCUAAUUUUUGUAAAAGUUUAGUCUGGCAAUAAUUACAAUUAACCAUUUAAACAUUAAUUCUCCAAAAGCAAUACAUUGGUUCUGUAAAAAAAAAUAGAAUUUAGUCUCUGUUCUUUUAUUUUUGUAUCGCUUUCGGGUACAUUGUCAUGAAUAUUUUGUUAGAAUAAAUUUUACUUGCUACAGGUAGCUUUCAA